AUGCUGAAUUUGGAAGAAUCUGUUGUGCAUGUAGACAAGAUGUUUCGGGUGGAGUCGAGGCCAUUAUCUGAAGAUAAGUGUGACUUGCCUGUUUCAGGGCCAAGCCCUCUUAGUUGGAGAACAAGUGGUCCAACCAGGCGUUCAUCAGGUUGUUGCACAGAGAAAGAGGAUGAACUUCUGGUAGACCUUGUCAGAAAGUUCGAUGGGAGUAGUUGGAAACAAAUAGCUGCGGGUAUCCCUGGGCGUUCAGAUGGUCAGUGCCAGCAUCGUUGGCAAAAAGUUUUAAAUCCUGAAAUCAUCAAGGGGUAUUGGACAGAGGAGGAGGAUGUUUGUAUAAUCAAGCUAGUUGAAAAGUAUGGUGCUAAAAGAUGGUCUUUCAUUGCCAAGUUUUUACCAGGUCGAAUAGGAAAGCAAUGCAGAGAAAGGUGGUACAAUCAUUUAAGCCCGGCUAUAAACAAAGACACAUGGACAGGAGAUGAGGAGAGAAUUCUUGCUUUCUGCCACCAACAGUAUGGUAACAAGUGGGCUGAAAUAGCAAAGUAUCUACCCGGAAGGACUGACAAUGCUAUUAAAAAUCACUGGAAUGGCGCGUGCAAAAGGAGGAAAGAAGAUUCAUACUCUCCUAAUGGUAAUGAAUGGGACAUGCUUCCAGAUAUCUGUAUUGAUGAACUAAGAUCAGAUCUUGUGGGGGUUGAAGCAGAUACACAGAAGUUUGAUAAUGCAUGUUCUACAGACUUGACACUUGGAUGGCCAUAUGGUUCAGAAGGAAAUUCCGUGAAAGCAAAGAAAUGCAAGUCUGAUGGCGGCACUGUUGUUACUCCUCUUGGUAUCAGAAGUGGAUCUUGCAAACAAAUUGCUGAUCAUACACUUGAAGACCGCCCUUUCCCAAACUCUCUAUUGGUUUUCAUGGAUUCAUCCCCUUAUACCAACUCAAACUGCCCUCCUGCAAGCAUUCCUCUUUGCUAUUCUACUCCCCCCAGUAAUGUUCAGAAUGUCUAUAAUAGCAGCACUAGUCCAAAAUCUAUAUUGAAGAGCUUAGCAAGGACUUUCUAAAAUACUCCUUCCAUCAUAAGAAAGAGAGUUUCCAGAACCGCAGAUUAUGACAAUUUUUCUGGUGCCUGCUGCUCAACUGCACUGAAAAUCAUGAGUCUUGAUGAAGCAGGUACCAAUUGCAUAGACUCGAACUCUUCAGACUAUGUCAGAGGUUUAUCUUCAAUGCGCCGCAGACAUGAAACUUCAGAUGCUUAUAAAUCUGUUGGAAGAUGCCUGGAACACGAGUUUCAGGACGAAAAUGACUCGAGUGUUGCUAACUGUGGCAAAGUAUUCUCUUCAUAUGUUCGUGGAUAAUCUGCAAGUCUCAGGAGGCAAAAUUUUCAGAAGUAUCAG